AUGGCGACUAUUGCUGAUAGCCCGUCAAAUAAUGAUGCUUAUUUAUGUCAGAAUCCAUCCAAAUGUUCAAACCAAUUGGAUAGUAAUCCUAUCCCUUGUACUCACUGUAACAAUCUUCUUUGUGAUGUUCAUAUAAAAGAACAUUACCGUCACUCACUUGUAAAUGGAUAUAAAUUACAAUUAGAAAAAGAGAAGCAAUGGUUAGAAGCAAAUGCAUGCACUUCACUGGCGAUUAAAAUUAUAUUUUUACAGCAUAUAGGGACCGUCGAAAUCUUAAUCUGUAAUUAUUUACAACAAGCUAUUAUAACAGCUGACCAAUUUGAAGAUGUAGAAAAACGUUAUAGAAUAUGUUAUACUGCAAUGGCAGAAUUGAAAAAAUUGGUUAAUACAAAGCAAUCAUUCGACUAUCAUAUUCAGACAUCACCAGUCAAAGUAGAUGAAACUAAAGUGUUGUUUCGUGAAAAAAGCUUAAAUGAAAUACCGGGCAAAGGGAGUUUAGAAAAAUAUGAAACAUCGUCGUAUGCAUCGAGUCAAAGUCAAACCAAAGAGCAAAUUAACUAUGAUGCAAUAAAACCGGCAAAAACAGCCAAGGAAAAAUACGACAAAACUUAUGGAUCCCUUAUUGAAAGUAUUAGAAAAAAUUUAGCUGUUAGCUCAAUACACACACCAGCAGUAAUGGCAGCAGCUGGUCUUCAGUAUACAGGUGUUGACGAUCGUUCAAAAUGUGCAAAUUGCGGGUUAGAAAUUUCUAAUUGGACACGAGAAAUGAUACCAUUUGACGAACAUAGAAAACGUAGUCCAACGUGUCCAUAUGUGAAGGAAAUGACACAAAAUCCAUUUACUAUUACAAGUAAGGUUCAGUUUUCAUUGUUCAACAUAACACAUUGA